AUCAGAGAUCUUGAUCUUUAUGACGUGUGUGUGUGUGCAGAAGGGACAGACUGACUGUGUACGUGACUGUGUGUGUUUCAUCUGGACAUAGAUCGACAUGGACUUCAGGAAGAGAAAGAAAGUUGUGCUGAUUUCAGUGGUGUUAGCCGUCUCUGUGGUGACAAUCAUAUUAGGUUUGAGUUUGGGUCUCGGUCUUCAGCUACAGAACUGUAGGAAUAAAGAUGUGUCGAUGUCGUGUAGAAAUCGCUGUGAUGAGCCGUUUGAGGAGAACUCGGCAGACUGUCGCUGUGAUGUACAGUGUGUCACCAGUGACAACUGUUGCCAUGACUACGAGGACACCUGUCUCCAGCCCACUCAGAGCUGGGAGUGUUCAGCCGUGCGCUGUGGAGAAACUCGUCUGUAUGAAAGAAAAUGUUACUGUUCUCAUGACUGUGUCAGCGCUGCCGACUGCUGCUCAAACUAUCACAUCAUCUGUAGAGGAGACACACAAUGGGUUCAGGAUGAAUGUGUCAACAUGAGCUCACCUCAGUGCCCAGCCAGUUUUCAGAAGCAGCCCCUGUUGCUGGUGUCUUUAGACGGGUUUAGAGCUGAAUAUCUGCAGACGUGGUCGUCACUACUGCCUGUUCUGGACAAGAUGAGAAAAUGUGGCACAUCGACACCCUUCAUGCAGGCUGGUUUUCCCAGUAAAACUUUCCCCAAUCACUACUCCAUAGUCACAGGUCUGUAUGCUGAGUCACAUGGUCUCGUGGAUAAUAACAUGUAUGACCCUGAGUUUGACGCAUCAUUCAGCCUCUCCAGCAGUGAGAAAGAUGAUCCAAGAUGGUACCAAGGACAACCGAUCUGGAACACAGUGAGGUAUCAGGGGCUGAAGGCCGGGACGUUCUUCUGGCCUGGAUCUGAUGUGGCCAUAAAUGGAACUUUUCCAAAUAUCUACAUGAAAUACAAUGGGAAGGUCCCGUUUGAGGAGCGAGUGUUAACAGUUCUAAAGUGGCUGCAGUUACAGCAGGACAGACGGCCAGAUUUUUUAACUCUGUACCUGGAGGAACCUGAUAAAUCUGGACACAGUUUUGGACCGGUCAGUGGAGGGUUGAUCACAGCUCUGCAGGGAGUGGACAGAUUGAUGGGUCAACUGAUGAACGGCCUAAAACAGCUCAACCUUCAUCGGUGUGUCAACAUCAUCAUUAUCGCUGAUCACGGCAUGGAGGAGACGAGUUGUGAUCGUAAGGAGGUUCUUCAGGAUUUUGUUGGAAAUAUUAAUCAUCUUUAUGUUACUGAGGGUCCAUUCGGACGAAUCAGAGCAAGAGAUAAAACGAACACCUUGGACACUGCUGCACUGGUGGCUAAUAUGACAUGUAAACGGUCGGAGCAGCAGAUAAAGGCGUAUCUGAAACAUCAUCUGCCGAAGAGGUUACACUAUGCCAACAACCGACGCAUUGAAGAUGUCGCUGUUCUCGUGCAGCCACGUUGGCUGUUUGAGAGACGUCAAGGAUCUCUGACGUUCUGCUCAGGAGGAGAUCAUGGUUAUGACAAUGAUGUCUACAGUAUGCAGGCAAUGUUUCUCAGUUUUGGGCCAAAGUUUCUCUUUCAAACAGAAGUCGAGCCGUUCUCCAAUAUUGAGCUGUACAACCUCAUGUGUGAUGUUCUGGAAAUCACUCCAUUCCAUAAUAACGGCACUCACGGCAGCCUGAACCACCUGCUGCUCUCACCCCCCCACACACCCCAUCACCCUGAAGAACACAGCCAACCCAACCGAUGUCCACUCAUCAGCCUGGAGCCCACACACACACUGGGCUGCACGUGUCCUGCACUGAAUGGAAGUAAUCCAAACUCACAGCUGAAUCUCACAGAUGCAGAAGUAUCUGAGAAUGAGAGACUUCACAUGUUAUUCGGGCGGCCGCGGGUUCUCCAGACGGGUGUUGAGUACUGUAUCCUCAAUCACCGAGGAUUCAUCUCUGCUUAUAAUACACAAACACACACUCCAUUGUGGAGCACAUUUACUCUGGACAAACCGGCUGAGGGGGGUUCUUUGUCUCCGGUGGUCUCAGACUGUCUCAGAGCAGAUGUCAGGAUUCCAGCCAAUCAGAGCGCAACAUGUGACCAGUACAACAACGCUGGCAACAUCACACACGCUUUCCUGUACCCGCCCAAUCUGAGCGACUCAUCUGAAGAGCAGUUUGAUUCUCUCACACUCAGUAAUGUUGUGCCCAUGUACCCAGAGUUCAAGAGAGUGUGGGAGUAUUUUCAGGAGGUGUUAUUGCUGAAGUAUGCACAGCAGUAUAACAGCCUUCAUGUGGUGACAGGACCUGCUUACGAUUAUAACUACGACGGACGAUUCGAUUCUCGGGAACAGAUUGAGAGAUGGGUCACAGGAACAUCUCUCCCUGUGCCCACACAUUAUUUUGCGGUUCUCACGAGCUGUGUGGAUGUCAGAGAGACGGUGAGCGAGUGUUCAACAGAACUACAGACGCUUUCCUUCCUGAUGCCUCACAGAGAAGAGAAUUCAGAGAGCUGCACUAACCAUCAGCCCGAGGCGCAGUGGGUGGAGUCUCUCCUCUGGAUGCACCAAUCACGCGUCAGAGAUGUCGAAUGGAUCACCGGAUUAGACUUCUUUCAAGACAGCUUCCGACCAAUCCCUGAGCUCCUCCGUCUCAAGACCCGCCCCACCGCCGCCAUUCGUCCCAAAGCCUGAAUGAAGUUCAUGAAACCUGUCCAUCCACACAACGUCACACAAUGUUUCCUUAUUCUGUGGAUUGAGAAAGUGUGAAAUAUUUAUUCAAUAGAUAUAGAAAAUAAAACACCUCUCAACUCUGUGUUUAUGUGAACAAAGACAGCAAAGAGUACUCACACACACACACACACACACACACACACAACAAUAGUGUUGAACAGGUGCAGGAUCAAAGAUGAAGAUAUGUACUGAUGGAAACAUCACUAGUGUUAUAAAUAAAGAAAUUACAUAAAGCAUGA